AUGAAUACUAACAGUCCACAGUUCGAUUUCAAUCAGUUAACAGGUGAACAACAAAAAACUUUUCAUAACGUUUACAAUGAAUUAAAACUGGAUCAUGCAUCCUAUCUGGAAUAUAAACGUAAAUUACAACUGAAGACUGAAGUACAUAGCGAUGAGGAAGAAAACGAAUGGCACUAUGAAUUGUGGAGACAUCUUCGUGCUCGAAAAUGGAAUAUCUCACAUACGGUGAAAUCCAUUCGAGACAUGAUACAAUGGAGAAAAGAUAACCAUGUUGAUUCGAUUCUUGAUAAUUUAUCAAUAUUAGCUCGAAUCGAUCUUAUUCGAAAAUCUGUUCCGGCUGCUAAUCACGGCUAUACAAAAGCUCAUCGACCAUUAUAUAUCGAAAAAUCGGGUCGAUUGAAUGUGGAUAGUAUGUUGAGUCAAUUUACAACAGACGAGUUGAUCCAAUGCCAUAUCUAUUUGCUUGAAUUCAAUAGUCAACUAGCAAGAGAGCGCAGUCGUCAAGUGGGAAAACAUGUGGAAAGUUUUGCCAUGAUUUCAGAUGUGAAAGGAUGCAAACCGGAUGCAAGAAAAGUAUUUCACAUACUAAAACAAUGCAUUU